AUGACGAUGGACCUGCUGACUGCAGGAGCCGACGUCAACCUCACCGAUGUUACGGGAAACACGGCACUGAGUUGGGCCGUUGUUACAGGCAGCCCUUCUCUUGUACAGGACCUUCUGACUGCCGGGGCGCGCACCGACCUGCGCAAUAUGGAGGGUACGACUCCUUUGAUCGAAGCGGCGAGCAACAACCACAGUGAGACGGUCAAGGUCCUACUCGACGCGAAGGCCGACGCGAAUCUCACCUUGACGUCAGGUCAGUCCCCCCUGUUCUUCGCGGCCAACAACGGCAACGCGAAGAUGACGAUGGACCUGCUGACUGCAGGAGCCGACGUCAACCUCACCGAUGUUACGGGAUCCUCAGCACUCAUGUACGCAGUUGGCAAGAAUCACAUGGAAGUCGUGAAAAUCUUGGUCAGCGCCGGCGCGUCCGUGAACCACCAGAACGCCCAGGGAAACACGGCACUGAGUUGGGCCGUUGUUACAGGCAGCCCUUCUCUUGUACAGGACCUUCUGACUGCCGGGGCGCGCACCGACCUGCGCAAUAUGGAGGGGACCUCGCCGUUAAUUCUGGCAGCUGAUAAGAACCACACGGAUGUUGUGAAGACUUUACUCGCAGCUGGAGCAGAAGUCAAUGCUAGGAGUGAAAGACAAGGACUGUCGGCUCUGUACUGGGCUGCUAACAACGGCAAUGCAAUGAUGGUUCAAAAUCUCCUUGAUGCGGGCGCCUUGAUCGAUAUUCCGACAGAUGCAGGCAACACUGCGCUCAUCCGGGCAGCCAUAGCCAACCAUCCGGACUUGGUAACACUGCUUCUGACCAGAGGAGCCGAUGGCGACCACAGGAAUAGCCAAGGACACACGGCCCUAAUUCGAGCCCUGAUAGAAAAUAACCAGGAGGUGAUGAAGAUUCUGUUGGGAGCUGGCGUGUCGGUCAACUUGCAAGAUAACGAAGGACACACCGCUCUGCACUGGGCGACCAUGACGAGGAAUCCCAUCAUUGUGCAAGAACUCUUAAAUGCCGGAGCUUCCUUGAAUAUGACCGAUAUUUACGGCAACACGGCUCUCAUCCUGGCCGUCACUGCCAAUGAUAUGCAAUUGACCAGAAUCCUUCUUGACGGCGGAGAGAUGAUCGACCACCAGAACCACGUGGGUGAGUAG